AGUCAGCGUGAACAAACAGUCCUCUGCUCUUAUAAAAAUGGGCCAAAAAUUGUCUCCAGAGGAACGACUGGUGGAACUUGACAAGUUCUCUGACGCACUGUUUAAUUCAAGUCAAUGGAACGAUUUUGGAAUUGAUCGCUCCCUGCAAAGGUACUCUGGACUCAAUUCAAAUGAAGUUCUGGAUGGUUACAGAGACCAAGUGUUAUACAGCGGAGAAUUCAGCGAUGUUGAAACUACUGUAGAGAAGCUGGGUUCUGCACUGGGUGGGCUCACCUUGGUGCCUAACGCUGUGGGAUUGGGGGCUCUCGUCAUUUCCAUGAUCUUAGAGACAGUUGGGAAUGCCUUAGGGAAACGAACCAUGGGCACGGCUGAAAUGUUGCAAAGGGUGUUUGCACCGGAGAAGGCCAAUGAGGUCCGAGACCUGAUGGAGGAGUAUCUGAAGCGUCUGCAGAUCAACUUGGGGACACCACGGCUUCAAGUAGCUGAGACCCGGCAAAUAGAGACCGAUCUUAGUGCCCAACUUACACGGCUAAAGAAUUCAAUGCUGAGAGAUGAACAUAUGAACACUUGGUUUCUCAAGCAGUGGGUGAACGGAGCUGCCUUCCACACCCAGAUGUUGAUCCAUCAGGCUCGUCUAGAGGUGGCAGCCGGGUCCAGAGCCAUGCAAGCAGCGGGGCUUUAUCAGCAACAGCUCAACCUUAUUCUGGAGAAAUACAAGAGCUACCUCCAAACUGUUAUAUAUGUGCACAAAGAUCAUGAUAUGAUCAAUGCGAUUUGUUGUCUGACUUACGAAGAGAACAAGAUUUUUGACUUCCCAGUUGAUUGUUUCCCUGCACGGGGGGAUUGCAAAUUCAGUAGAAGUGAAAUAGUUGAGACUAUGUUUUCGAAACAUCAUUUUACUUGGGCAAAAAGUUAUUUCUCAGACUUAGCAGCGAAUAUUCCAACUCUUGUGAACCAACAUGGCACCUUUCGUGUCAAAAUCUGACAAAGACCAUCUAUGCUUGUGAAGCCAUGAGUCCCUCGGAAAAAAAACAUUGUGGUGAUUCAAAGGAAAAUCCUUACACUAAAUUUUAAGUUCCAAUAAAAUAUGAAAGAUUG